AUGCCUUUUCCUUUCUCCGAAACAAACAGUAUUGAAAAUAUUUCUACACAAAUAAGCAAUUUGUUUGAUAUGGAUUCUACAAAAUUUGAAUCUGAAAUUAUAAAAAUUAAAUCAGAUAUAUUCCUCAAAGCUCGAGGUUCUGAAACAAAUUUUUGGAAUUUACUGAGUGAAGAAAAAUAUCCGGGUUUGAGGAAUGUAGCUUUGCAGUUACUUAGUUAUUUCGGAUCUACAUAUUUGUGCGAAACAGCAUUUUCUCACAUGAAAAUGAUCAAAACUGAAUUUCGAUCUACGCUCUCUGAUGACCAUUUGGAGCAGUGUCUUCGAUUAGCAGUUAGUAACUAUUCGCUGAUUACGACCAAUUGGUCAACGACAUGCAAUGUCACACUUCAACAAUGGCCAGAUCAACAAAAUAAUAUGUUAAUUAAACUUAUCUAA